AUGAGCGACAGGCAGCACCAGGAGGAGGACCACACUUACAAUGACAUUGAAGACCGAGUCUCUGAAUGCAUAACAAUGUAUCCUGUGUUUUGUACCGCCAAAAUACCCUCAGAUAUUCUUGAUGAGUCUAUCGAUGAGUCGUACGCGGUAAUAAGAGAUGUCAUUGGUGAAGGCGGCCUCCCGGCCUAUGGCAUGGCUCCAUGUAUUCUCCAAACAACCGAUCUCGAUUCAAUCACUCACGGCUCCCGCAAGCCAAUGCCAGUGGAUUUUGAAUCUCCCUUUCUUAACUGGACAGAUGAACAGGUCCGAGAGUGGGCGACGAAAGCGUUAAGGCCUGGGCACCUCUCUUUCGCACAAAGGACAUUUACUAUUCUCGAUCAAAGUACAGUUGAUAACAAGGUCUGUCGAGUAGGAUAUAUUAGUGUCUUCGAGGAAGACGAAGAUUAUGGGAUGUUAAGCGAAGUGUUUUAUGCGGAUAUAAUGGCAAGGGUCCCCGUAGAACUGGCCGAGAUAUUCUGGGAUGAAACGUUGUUGAGCGUAGGGGAAAAUGGGGUACUUGACCCAGUUGAAGAGCGCACAUGGGCUGAAAAAAGCCGUAAGGAGAAAGGGAAGUGA